AUGAGUGUGCAAACAGCUACGCAAGCAGAGGCUGAGGUGAAUGUGGUGCUGUGUGGUGCAUGCAAUGUAAGGCACCACAGGGAUGUACUGUGCGAGCCUAGGAGGCAACCUCGUGAACAUGAGCAACCACAAACUGGGGUGGGGGUGGUGGACGGUAGCGCGACUCACGCGGGGGAUGGUGGUGAGAAUGAAGGUGUUGAGGUAUCGGACGAGGAGGAGGACGGGAGUUCGGAGUCGGAGGGGGAGGGAGAAGAGCAGCCGGUAGAUGCGGGUGCUGGUGUCCAACAGGCUGUCCCAACAGUACUCCGUGAAGUUUUUGGCGAGGCAUUUAACGGGCUCAACACCUCAGGAACCAACAGAAACUUGCGCCCGGGAGGGGUGGGGUUAUCAAAUCCAACAGCGGCUGAGAGUGGGGGAUGCGGGGAGAGCGGAAGAGUAUCCGAGAGUGGAGGAUUGGGGGAGUGGGAAGGAGGAUACGCGAGCGGGGCAGAGAGGGGAGGAGCAUCAGCGGGUGGGGAAUGGAGGAGAGGAGCAGCCGAGAGUGGGGCGGGGAGGGCAGGAGCAGAGAGUGGGGCGGGGAGGGCAGGAGCAGAGAGUGGGGCAUGGAGGGCAGGAGCAGAGAGUGGGGCAUGGAGGGCAGGAGCAGAGAGUGGGGCAUGGAGGGCAGGAGCAGCCGAGAUCGGGACAGGGAGGGGAGCAGCCGAGAUCGGGACAGGGAGGGGAGCAGCCGAGAUCGGGACAGGGGGAGGAGCAGCCGGGAGCGGGGCAGGGAGGGGAGGAGCAGCAGGGAGCGGGGCAGGGAGGGGAGGAGUACCAGGGAGCGGGGGGGGAAGGGGAGGAGUAGCAGGGAGCGGGGGGGGAAGGGGAGGAGUAGCAGGGAGCGGGGCAGGGAGGGGAGGAGUAGCAGGGAGCGGGGCAGGGAGGGAAGGAGCAGCAGGGAGCGGGGCAGGGAGGGGAGGAGUACCAGGGAGCGGGGGGGAGAGGGAAGUAGCAGUGAGCGGGGCGAGGAGGGCAGGAGCAACAGGGAGCAGGGCGGGGAGGGGAGGAGCAUCAGGGAGUGGGGCAGGGAGGGGAGUCGAGAGUGCGGCAGGGAGGGGAGCUGCAGGGAGCGGGUCGGGGAGGGAAGGUGCUGUAGGGAGCGGUGGAGUGGCGGGUGAGAUGGAAAUUGACCACAACGAUCCCACCCCUGGUGAUGCCUCGCAUAACAAUGCGCAAAUCACAUCGCUUCCUCCACAAACUGUACGCCUCACCCGCGGCUCGCCUCACCCGAUUCUAACAUCACCCGCUGCUCGCAUCACCCGCUGCUCGCAUCGCCCCUGCUCGCAUCACGCGCUGCGCGCCUCACCCGCGACUCGCCUCACGGGCUACGUGCCUCACGCGCUGCGCGCCUCACGCGCUGCGCGCCUCACUCGUUGCGCGCCUUACGCGCUGCUCGCCUCACACGCUGCUCGUCUCACGCGCUGCUCGCCUCACACGCUGCUCGUCUCACGCGCUGCUCGCCUCACACGCUGCUCGUCUCACGCGCUGCUCGCCUCACACGGUGCUCGUCUCACGCGCUGCUCGCCUCACAAGCCACUUCGUUUGUCAAAACGUCUCACUUUUAUCGAGACCGCCUUCUCUCGUUCGUCCCCCUCAUUUCCCCCCUUCUCCCUCUCAUUUCCCCCCUUUCUCCCUCUUAUUACCCUCCCUUCUCCCCCUAAUCUCCCCCUUUCUCCCCCUCAUUUCCCCCCCUUCUCCCUCUCAUGUUCCUCCCUUCUCCCUCUUAUUUCCCUCCUCCUCCCUCUCAUUAACCCCUCUUCUCUCUCUAAUUUCCCCCCUUCUCCCCCUCAUUUCCCCCCCUUCUCCCCCUCAUUUCCCCCCUUCUCCCUCUCAAAUUCCCCCCGACUCGCUCUGAAAUCCCCCUCUUAUCCCUCUCACCCCCCCCCCCCCCCCCCCCCCCUUCGCCCCCUCAUUCCCCCCCCUUCUCGCCUUCAUUUCCCCCCCUUCUCCCCCUCAUUCUGGUAUCGUCCCUCUCAUUUCACGACCUGCUCCCCCUCAUUUCCCCCCCUUCUCUCCCUCAUUACCCCCCUCUCCCUCUUAUUACCAUCCCUUCUCCCCCUCAUUUCCGCCCUUCUCCCCCUCAUCCCCCCCCCUUCUCCCCUCAUUUCUCCCCCUUCUCCCCCUCAUUUCCCCCCUUCUCCCUCUCAAAUCCCCCCUGACUCGCUCUCAAAUCCCCCUCUUAUCCCUCUCAUCCCCCCCCUUCACCCCCUCAUCCACCCCCCCCCCCCUUUCUCGCCCUCAUUUUCCCCCCAAUCCCUCUCACUUCCACCCUUGCUCCCUCUCAUUUCCCCCCUUGCUCCCUCUCAGCUCCCCCCCUACUCACCAUCAUUCCCCCUCCUGCUCCCUCUCAUUCCCCCCCCCCCUUCUCCCCCACAUAUCCCCCCUUCUCGUUUUCAAAUCCCCCCCUCAUCCCUCUCAUCCCCUCCCCCCUUCUCCCUCUCAUUUCCCCCUCUUCUCCCUCUCAUUUCCCCCCCUUCUCCUCCUCAUUUCCCCCCCUUCUCAACUCUCUUUUCCCCCCUUGCUCCAUCUCAUUUCCCCCCAUCCCCCCUCUCAAAUCCCCCCCUUCUAGCUCUCAAAUCCCCCUUUUCUCCCUCUCUUCCCCCCCCCCCCCCUCUUCUCCCUCUCAUUUCCCCCCUUGCUCCCUUCUCGCCUCAGUUCUCCCCGUGCUCCCCCUCACUUACCCCCCUUCUCCCUCUCACUUCGCCCUCUUCCCACCCUCAUUCCCGCCCUUCUCCCUAUCAUUUCCCCCCCUACUCCCUUUCAUUUCCCCCUUGCUCACCAUCAUUUCCCCCUUCUCCCUCUCAGUUCCCCUGCUUCCCUCUCAUUUCCCCCCUUCACCCGUUCAUUUUCCCCCCUUCUCCCCUUCUUCCCCCCUCCUUGCUCCCCCUCCUUACAGGGUGGUUCCAUUGUUCGUGA